UGGGAAGAAUGCCCCUUACAUUGGAGGUCAGUGGGAAGAAUGUCCCUUAUAUUGGGGGUCAGUGGAAAGAAUGUCCCUUACAUUGGAGGUCAGUGGGAAGAAUGUCCCUUACAUUGGUGAUCAGUGGGAAGAAUGCACCUUACAUUGGAGGUCAGUGGGAAGAAUGCCCCUUACAUUGGAGGUCAGUGGGAAGAAUGCCCCUUACAUUGGUGGUCAGUGGGAAGAAUGUCCCUUACAUUGGUGGUCAGUGGGAAGAAUGUCCCUUACAUUGGUGGUCAAUGGGAAGAAUGUCCCUUACAUUGGUGGUCAGUGGAAAGAAUUCUCCUUACAUUGGGGGUCAGUGGGAAGAAUUCCCCUUACAUUGUUGAUCAGUGGGAAGAAUGUCCCUUACAUUGGUGGUCAAUGGGAAGAAUGUCCCUUACAUUGGUGGCCAGUGGGAAGAAUGCUCUUUACAUUGGUGAUCAGUGGGAAGAAUGCCCCUUACAUUGGUGGUCAGUGGGAA